CUUGAACCAGCGUCCCUCAUCACUCACGUCUCGCGUGAUCUAGCCCUGCUCACACCAUAUUUCUCAUUCGCCCUGCGCCCUGCGACACCUCUACAGCAUUCGCCAAGUCGCCUUCUUUCUUCUGCCCUUCUUCAGUGAAGCACGAUGUACGGACUCCUGCACAAGGCCCUGACAGCAUGGAUCUCGUCCUUGCCUGAUGGCGAAGACCUGCUGACCCAAGUGAUGGCGGAGGUGGACUUUGAUGGCCGCCCUGAUGACUUCUUCAGGUUUUACUCCAACGAUCAGACAGGCUCAUUCCUUACAGCUGUCGCAAAGGUGACUGGCCGCAGUCAAGAGGACUGCAAGUUUGAGGCCGGCCGCUUCUUCUUGGCAGGCAUCCUGGAGACCGGGUAUGGCUCGUCCCUGCGCACGCUCGGCAGCGACUUCUUCACGCUCCUGGGGAACCUGGACAGCCUGCACGAGUCGUUCACGCCGUCCUUCCCCAAGAUGCGCGCACCCUCCAUCCGCCCGGUCCGCAACGAUGACGGCUCCAUGACCGUGCACUACUACAGCUCCAAUGCCGGCCUGAGCAUGUUCAUGAUGGGUGCGCUGGAAGCAGCUGCCCUUCGCCUCUUUGACCUGGACAUUGACAUCCACCACCGCAUCAAGAAGGGCCAAGGAAGCAACCACGACGUCUUCCACGUCUACAUGGACCCACGGGGCUUUGGCGAAUCGACGGAGGUCGACGAGACGAUCAAGGAAGCGUGCACGAUUGACCUGGGCAAGUCCGUGACCAACGACCUGUUUCCAUGGCACUUUGCCUUUGACCGCGACAUGAAGAUUGUGUCGCUGGGCAAGCACCUUGCAGCGCGCUUCGAGGAGCCACAGGCCGGAAAGCCCUUCAAGAAGGUGUUCCGCAUGCUGCGGCCGGUCGACAUCUCGUCCGAGUUUGACGAGCUCAAGGACGUGGACGGCGUGUCGUGCCUCUUCUCUGUCGACGCCAAGCUGCUGCGCGAUGACGACGCACACGGCCUGGCCUCCGGCAUGCAGGGCAUGUCGCUCAUGGGCAAUGGCGGUGACAUGGCGUCGGACAUGCGGUCGUCCCUGGUGUCGUGCGCAUCCUCCUUCCGCGGAUCCAACGCGUCGAGUUCAGACAUGCUGAUGAUGGCCAACCGGCUGUACGCCAAGGCCGACAACAUCAAGCUGCACGGGCAGCUCACAUACAACAGCGACCACGACGUCGUUGUGUUCUUCGGCACGCCGGCCCUGCGCUCCCUCGAGGAGAUGGAGGCGCAGCGCAUCGAGCUGUCCGAGAUGCCGCUGCACAGCCACGGCCGCGAGUUCCUGUACGGGUCCAUGUUCCAGUCUGCCUCUGCCAAGAACUCCAACGAGGUCGACCGGCGCAUGGCUGAGCUUGACCAGUCCAUGCUCGAGAUCCAGGACAAGAAGAAGCAGAUUGACGGCCUCCUCCACAGCAUCCUCCCUCCGGUUGUUGCCAGCUCGCUCGCUCGGGGCGAAAUUCCGCCAGCAGAGCAGUACGACAACGUGAGCGUGCUGUUCAGCGAUAUUGCGGGCUUCACCAACAUCUCCUCAGACGUGCCAGCCACGGACGUGAUGGAGAUGCUGCAUGAGCUGUUUGUCAAGUUUGACAACCUGGCGGACAAGCACGGCUGCUACAAGGUGGAGACGAUUGGCGACGCGUACAUGGUGGCCGCCGGCUGCCCGGAGGAGUGCGAGGACCACGCCCUGCGCAUCGCCCGCCUGGCCAUCGAGAUGGUCCACACGGCCAAGUCGGUUGUAUCACCGCUGGAUGGCGAGCCGAUCCGCAUCCGCGUUGGGCUGCACUCUGGUCCGCUGAUGGCCGGCGUCGUUGGCCGCGCCCGUCCACGCUACUGCUUCUUCGGCAGCACCGUGAGCGUGGCGAGCCUGAUGGAGAGCAAUGGCCUGCCCGGGUGCAUCCAGACGAGCUACCGCUUCACACAGGCGCUGCCGUCCGACCACCCGUUUGAGCUUGUGUCGCGGGGCCACAUCGACAUUGCGGGCAAGGGCCUGAUGAAGACGUACCUGCUGAUCGGUGCGCACGACCCGACAACCACCACUGCGGAGCCCUUGCUCCCCGUGGAAGGGAAGGUGCAGGACCUUGCUUCGCAGCUGCUUGCCAAGACAACCAACACAAGUAGCGUCGGCGACCGCAUGGCGCAGGUCAGCACCUACGCCGUGCGCACACGCAUGGCCCGCCGCCGCUCCCACCACGUGUAGCUGUGUCGCUGCACUGUACUUGACUUGACUUGGAGGACGAGGACCACUGGUGCUUGUGUGUUGUGUGCUGGUGUGUGCAUGUGUGUGUGUGUGUGUGUAUGUGUGUAUGUGUGUGUGUGUGUGUAUGUGUGUGUGUGUGCUUUGUGUGUGCUUUGUGUGGGCUUGCCUUCCCUUCGGUGUUUGCGUUUUUGUUUGUUUUUCCCGUUCUGCUGCUUCCCGUCCUUGCCCCUUGUGUCCGCUCCCUUCUCUUGCUUCACUUCUUGCGCUGUAAACAGCAGUCUUUGCUUGUUGCACAAUGCAGUCAGUGAGUGACUGGUGUCUUUGUGGUCACGAGAAGCCCAGAAGCCCAGAAACAACAACGCCUCGGGCAUGAUACUAUGACA